ACGCCGGCAUAACUGUCUUUCUCUCUCUCUACCUCACACUCCGAUCCCGCUUUACCCCCUGACUACCCAUUUCUAGACCCUAUUCCGUUUUAACUUAACCCGACCCGACGUGACCCGGAAAAACAUAAAAUAUAAAACCAGUUCCGUCGUAAAGAUAUAUGCAAAAUAUUAGGUUCAUGUGAUGGAUAUGUCUGAUGCAGUCGUAGCAAAUUCGAGCAGAUUGAAAUCUAUUGUAUGGAAUGACUUUGAUAGGGUUAAAAAGGGUGAUACAUUUGUGGCUAUUUGUAGGCAUUGUAAAAAGAAGCUUAGUGGAUCAAGUACUAGUGGAACCUCACAUCUGAGGAACCAUUUAAUUAGGUGUCAGAGAAGAUCUAAUCAUGGCAUAGCUCAAUACUUUUCUGGUAGAGAAAAGAAAAAGGAAGGAUCUCUGGCUGUUGUAACUAUUGAUCAAGAGCAGAAGAAGGAUGAAGUACUUAGCCUUGUGAAUCUUAGAUAUGAACAGGAGCAGAUUAAAAAUGAGCCUGUUACAAUUGGCAAUAGUAGCUUGGAUCAAAGGCGGAGCCAAUUUGAUCUUGCCCGCAUGAUCAUAUUGCAUAACUACCCCUUGGAUAUGGUGGACCAUGUUGGAUUCAAGAUAUUUGUCAGGAAUCUGCAGCCAUUGUUUGAACUUGUUACAUAUAAUAAAGUUGAAGCUGAUUGCAUGGAAAUCUAUGCAAAGGAGAAGCAAAGGGUGUAUGAGGUUUUGGAUAAGUUCCCUGGAAAAAUCAGUGUAACUGCUGAUGUGUGGACUGCUUCAGAUGAUUCUGCAUACUUGAGUUUGACAGCACACUACAUUGAUGAGGAUUGGCAAUUAAAAAAGAGGAUUCUGAAUUUUGUUACUAUUGAUCCUUCUCAUACAGAGGACAUGCAUUCAGAGGUUAUAAUGACUUGUUUGAUGGAUUGGGAUAUAGAUCGUAAGUUGUUUUCUAUGAUAUUCGAUAGUUAUACCAGUGAAAACAUUGUCGAUAGAAUCAGAGAUCGGCUGUCACAAAAUAGGUUCCUUUAUUGUAAUGGUCAAUUAUUUGAUGUACGCUGUGCAGUAGAUCUACUCAAUCGCAUGGUUCAGGAUGCCUUGGAUGCUCUUUGUGAAGUUACCCAGAAAAUUCGGGAAAGCAUCCGCUAUGUUAAAAGUUCAGAAGCUACACAGUCUAUGUUCAUUGAGCUGGCUCAUGAGGUGCAGGUUGAAAGUCAAAAAUGCUUACGUAUUGAUAAUCCAUUGAAAUGGAACUCGACUUUUUUGAUGCUUGAAGUUGCUUUAGAAUACAGGAAAGUUUUCUGUUGUCUGCAGGAUCGUGACCCUGUCAACAUGAAGUUUCUCCCAUCUGAUUUGGAGUGGGAUAGAGUGAGUGUCAUUGCUAGCUUCUUGAAGCUGUUUGUAGAAGUUACUAAUGUUUUUACAAGAAGUAAGUAUCCAACUGCAAAUAUAUUUUUCCCCGAGAUCUGUGAUAUUCACUUGCAGUUGAUUGAAUGGUGCAAGAAUCCUGAUGAUUACAUCAAUUCCCUGGCUGUUAAGAUGAGGAAGAAGUUUGAAGACUACUGGGACAAGUGCAGUCUGGGUUUAGCAGUUGCGGCUAUGUUAGAUCCUCGAUUCAAAAUGAAACUAUUGGAGUAUUACUACCCACAAUUAUAUGGCGAUAGUGCUUCGGAGCUUAUUGAUGAUGUUUUUGAGUGUAUUAAAUCACUUUACAAUGAACAUUCUAUGGUCUCUCCAUUAGCUUCUUCCCUUGAUCAGGGACUGAGUUGGCAAGUGAGUGGUAUUCCUGGCUCUGGAAAAGAUUCUAGGGAUAGGCUGAUGGGGUUUGACAAGUUCCUUCAUGAAACUUCUCAGAGUGAUGGCUCUAAUUCGGAUUUAGACAAGUACCUGGAGGAUCCUCUUUUUCCUCGUAAUGUUGAUUUCAACAUACUAAAUUGGUGGAAGGUUCACACUCCAAGCUAUCCUAUCCUAUCUAUGAUGGCGCACAAUAUUCUAGGAAUUCCUAUAUCAAAAGUUGCAGCAGAAUCAACAUUUGACACUGGAGGAAGAGUGGUCGAUCAUAAUUGGAGCUCAUUGCCUCCAACUACUGUUCAAGCCUUGAUGUGUUCACAAGAUUGGAUAAGGAGUGAACUCGAGAGUUAGUUUUCCCUCCCUCCCUUCACCCACCACAAAUUCUUUCCUUUUUUGUUUGAAUUUUUUUUUGUUGUUUGGAUGGAAGGAAGAGCGGAUGAGGUGGGAAGUUAGCACCAUUUUUGUGUAGCUGCUUUUUUUCAUUUUCUCAAUUCUAUGUAUCCUUUUAAGAAAUUUUAUGGGCGAUAUCAAACUCCAGAUCAUUCUGCCCAUCUUUAGGCUGCCAUGGUGUAAGUGAAUUGGUUGUACAGUAUAUAAGCUAGUUAAGCUUUACUCC